GCCGUGCCGAUAAACAUGCCCCGCGAUAUUUCAGGCGGCGCCAACGGCUGCCUUAGGCGCGCGGCAAGUCUGGCCAACGAUAGAGCUGGUCGAUAAGGCCUGCAGGAGCUCGUUAUCGUCGCAAAUUCAAAGCAAAGCAUCAGAUACCACGGCCUUGGUGCAGGCUUUAUGACGAAAAAGAAUAUUGCUUUGGAUUGAUCUAUCUGCGUGCUGUUAACCCAUUCAGUGAUUUAUAGCGUUCAAAAUGCCGUUGACUUUCUGCCCCAACUGUAGUAACGUACUAACCAUCUCCCGCGCCGAUCCGUCCCCCAAGUACCCUCUGGGCGUCAACCGAUUCGAAUGCCGCACAUGUCCCUACCAAUAUAUCCUGAAGAGUGGGUGGUCCGAGAAAACACCUAUGAAGCAAAAAGAGGUUGAAGAUGUCUUUGGUGGCAAGGAAGAGUUUGCGAACGCAGAUAGCAUAGGCACACAAUGUCCUGCAGAGAACUGCAAUGGAGACCGAGCGUACUUCUUCCAGUUGCAGAUUCGGAGUGCAGAUGAACCUAUGACUACGUUCCUUAAGUGCACCACAUGCGGAGCAAGAUGGCGUGAAAACUGAUCCCUUUCCUUCCUUUACUCAACUCUAUCUUUACCUCGAUACCUCUACUUGCGGCUACCUGAUAACAGUGGAUAUUCGGUACGGAAGACGAUCGUAUAAUAACUCCAGCCUAUCUCGAGAGGGAAACGGAGAAAGGGACGGACGGCGCUACUCUUUUUCCUGCCUUUUGACUUGUUGGGAUUUAUAUGCGAGGAGAAAAGUUAUUCGAUAUACGCAUGCAUAUGUACUUCUACGGAGCUUCUACAGAGAUAGCAUAACAAGAUACCCCUCGUUAACCUAGUUGUCAGAUUCGUCGCGGC